CCAUCCUAAGAAAGAGACUUGUCUUGGCCGACAACCGCUGGACAAGUCAACAGAUCGCAGAGCGCACGAUGAACCAAUGGAAUAAUCCGAGCCCAUUUCCUAGUCCACCGCUAGCACAGCCACCUACAGUUUAUCAGCCUCUUCAUCCAUCUCUGAGAGGUCUCUUGGACCCAGAGUAUGUUGCUUUCCACGACACAUGCCUCCAGUACUUAAUUCCAGAGGAACAGCUCAAAUGGGACACUUCGACUAGGUCUCGUCUGCCUACAUUAGCAAGUCCGUCUGCGGAACUGAAAGUUGGGCAGAAGCGUGACAUCCAGCUUGAACACUGCGCUGUGCGUGUUUUCGUACCAGAGUCGAGUCAACAUGUACCUCGGUACCCAGUUUUGUUAUGGUUCCAUUCGGGAGGGUGGGUGAGUGGAGGACUGGACAGCGAGAACGACUUUCUCACGUAUGUCUGCCAAACUUCUCAGUGCAUUGUGAUCACUGUUGAUUACCGCCUCGCGCCCGAGCAUCCUUACCCGGCAGCAGCAGAAGAUGCCCUGGAAGCCCUGACAUGGCUCAGAAAAGAGGCAGCAAAAUACUAUCCCGUCGAUCUUGAGCGAGUAGCAAUCGGCGGCCACUCUACUGGUGGAAACCUGGCGGCAGUGCUUGUCCUGGAAGCUGCUUGCUUGUUUCCUUCCUUUAAGCCAGUUUUGAUGUUGCUGAUCGUGCCUGUGAUCGAUAACACGGCGACUCCAGGCAACGGGUGGUACAAUCUGAAUGCUCCAUGGCUGACACACUCGAGGUUGUUGUGGUAUCGGAGCAUGUACCUGCCAGAAGGGCCUAGCCACGAAGACGACUACUCCACCCGAGAAAAAUGGCAGAUAUCUCCGAACCUGGCACCUAGCAAAGUGCUGUCGAAAUGUCCCCGGACUUGGAUCGCUGUUGCAGAGUAUGAUUUGUUGGCAACCGAAACAUUGGCGUUCUCCAGUCAACUUCGUGCGUCUGGAGUCGAAGCGAGUGUCAAGAUGUAUAAUGGCUCUACACAUGGCAUUUUGGCCCUCAAUGGGAUACUGAGCAAGGGCCGAGAGCUUAUGCUUGAUGCUGUGCAAGCGCUUAACGAAGUCUUUUGGCCCGUGAGAAUGGAUCCUUUGAUGGGAUGGGCCCUUUCCGCUUGAGUGUUAUUGCGAAAAGGUGGCACUAGGGGUUGUCCUGCCCGACAGGACCGAGAAAGUCGAAGACAGACCGGAUGAUGAUCAUGGCGAUAAAUGCAAUAACUGCAAUGGCAAGAGCAAUUCUUGACGCCGGAAGGUGGCAGCAACAGAUGCCCAAGAGUCUUGGAAGGGGGAGGGCUAAAUCGGGAAAAUGCGCACAAUAGCGGCAUGGCACGUGACAAGUCUUUCCACACCACGUUCAUCAGUCCGAAGACCACACCCACGCGGACAUAAUGUCAAAAUGGCUAGGAUAAUCACGAUAUGACUGCGAUCUAUGCGUCAUCCGAGUCUCCCGAAUGGUCGAUUGUUCGGCACAGACACGUCAAAGGCCGAAGAGGCCAUCCCAUCCGCGACAGCAUGGUAAUUACUCUAUCAGCAGG